AUGUCCGCCUAUGAGCAGCUGAAAACUAGCUGGAGCUAUCUGGGCCCGGAUGAGCAGCAUACGCUGACGAAUCACUUCCUGGCAGACGGGAUUGAGGACCUGGUCUGCGUUUUUGAGUUCCUUCCCGACUGCGUGGCGAAUGCAAUGGCCAAUCCUGCUGUCACUUUGUCGUGCUUGCUCGAAUGCCUGGUGGAUUUGCUCCACGUGCUUCAGCCCAACAUCGAUAUGAUGCCGGAUCUCAAGGAUGCGAAAGUUGUGCUGGUGGACUUAUCAGACAUGAGUGAGUUCAUCGCUUGCGUCCAGAACCGCUUUGUCUUCGAGACUUGUGUUUCCAG